UAGCUUUAUGACGGAUUUAAGUGGACAUUUAACCGAUUGCGCAGGAAUGAGCUACUUCAGUAAUUGUUCUUCCAUUAUGCAUUCAAUAUACUAAAAUCGAAGCAUGUUGAUUAGUUUGCUGACAUUUAUAACAACUUUAGUAUUUUUAAAGGGAUCUGAUUCAGCUUUAUUGGAGCCGGUGAAGCAAUGCGUGCCCACCGCCACGGUGCGGGGUCCAUGCCACGUGUGCGUUUGUUCCCCUGAGGGUGUGUUCCACUGUCGCCCGAAAGAAUGCCAGGAUGAAAUUGUUGGAUUAGGCAGACCAACUAGAGAUUGCGAACCAAACCUUGUAUUUAGACAAGAUAAUUCAUUCUGCACAUGUAGCAACGAAGGCAAUUGGAUGUCAGACACCUGUGAAGAAACAUUCCGAUACCUCCAUGCAAAUUACGACGAUCCCAUGCAGAAUUUAAGGACUAAUGUCGCUUGCAUCCCCAAUGCUCUGUACCUCUUCGACUGCAACGUUUGUCGGUGUCCCCUCAACGGCGUCGUUGAUGUUACCCAGUGCACUACUAGGUACUGCGGCGAUGGCCUCAAAGCUGACACGUGUGUCUACGGUGACAUCAUUCGUUUAGAAAAUGAGAUUUGCGCGUGCAGCGACAUUAAUUACUUCAUCGACCGACUUUGCGUUAAAAUCGAAAACAAGGUCGUACAAACUCUUCUUCCUGAUGACGUUAUCAAACUAGACGACAUUGGCAGGUCCUGGAGGCGCUUACGUGAUCUGCAGACAGAUUUUUGUAAUACUGAUGUUAUGUACAAUGUCGAUUGUAACAGAUGCGCCUGUGUGGACGGUCACCUUGUCUGCACAAAAAGGACUUGUGAAGAAGUUAAGAAGUCUUUUCCCUUGAGAGACGAUAGAUUGAAUGAAGUUGAAAUCCUUCCUGAAUUGAGCAGUCUCAACGGUACUAUAUGUGAACCCGGCAAGCAGUAUCGUUUGAAAUGCAAUAUUUGCACUUGUGGUCAGGAUGGCCACGCGUCGUGUUCUACGAUGGUCUGCUUAGAAGAUGUCAUCUUGGAUGAAAAAGCACUGAGAGGAUUGUUGUCUGCUGGAUGAUAUUGCUACUUAAAUAUAUUAGUGUUUAAAUAGGGUUACCUUAUUUAUUGAUUCGGUAUUUAUUUUUGUUUGAACUAUGUUUUCAUGUCGUUUCUCCAAACCCAUUUUUUUAUAAAGCUUUAUUAGGUAAGGCAGUGCAAAACAAGUCUGUAGUCAAGUAAAAUUAUACUGACAUGAUUUUGAAUCUAUUCAUUCAUUCAUUUUAAUGGUAUUAUAAUAAA